UGGCCCUGGCGCUCCUCGACGGCACCGUGUUCGAGAUCGUGCAGGGGCUGCUGGAGAUCCAGCACCUCACCGAGAAGAGCCUGUACAACCAGCGCCUGCGGCUGCAGAACGAGCACCGAGGAUCUGGUCCCGUCAUGAUCCAGUUCACGCCAUUGUUCUCUGCUUCUGCAACAUUCAUCGUGGGGCUGACGUUUUGAAGUGUUCGGGCAUUCUUCCUGCAGGAUAUCCUCCCUCUAGAUGUGCUGGCCUGCUUCCCCCUGCUGUCAUUUAACCUGUUUCUCCAUCCUCGUGUUUCCUGUGAAGUGGGCAGGAGUGCUCAGGCAGGCGCUGCGGCAGAAGCACCAGGAGGCCCAGCAGGCCUGCCGCCCCCACAACCUGCCUGUGCUCCAGGCAGCUCAGCAGCGGGAGCUGGAGGCCGUGGAGCACCGGAUCCGUGAGGAGCAGAGGGCGAUGGACCGGAAGAUCGUCCUGGAGCUGGACCGGAAGGUGGCCGACCAGCAGAGCACACUCGAGAAGGCAGGGGUGGCCGGCUUCUACGUGACCACGAACCCUCAGGAGCUGACGCUGCAGAUGAACCUGCUAGAGCUGAUCCGGAAGCUGCAGCAGAGGGGCUGCCAGGCGGGGCAGGCAGCCCUGUGACCAGACGAGGUCCCCGCUGUCCACCUCCUGCGCAUCCCACCAUCACCACAGGCAGCAGGAAGCCGAGCGGCGCUCAUCCCCAUGAGGUUUGGCCACUGUCCUCCAGCUGCCUGCAGGGGCGGCCUUCUGAGGAGACCCCAGCGGGUCCUCGCUGCCCUGUCUCCCACCCAUCUGGGUUUUCUGUCAAAGCGCUAGAUGUGUCACAGAGGAGUAGCCUGCCUGGGGUGGGCGGAGUAGGGCUGGACAUUCCAGCACCUUCUCACUCCACGGGCACCCUCCAGCCUCCGCCAGGCCCAGGCUCAGCGCUCGCUCACAGCUCGGCCCCUCCCUCGGUGGCUGCAGCCCAAGGCAGGAGGCUCUGAGUGACAGAGAAAUAAAGACUCCUCAGGACAGCUCCCUGUGGUCUCUGUGGCAGGGGGUUUCUGCUGCAACUGGGCUCAGGUCCGGCCCUCACCUGGUCUGAGCACAGCCCCAGAUGCGGCCCCACUACACAGAGGCCUCUGCUGGGCUCCCCUCCCUGCUGUGCCUCCCACCAUCUCCAGUCCUCUAGGACUGACUUGGAGCCUCCUGGUCCCAUGACACUGUGACAGCUAUUCCCCUAUAUCCCCACCCAGCCUGCUGUGUUGCAGGGCUGGGGCUGUGAGCAGCUUGGUCAAGGGCCUAUGCAGGCCAGAGGCUGCUGGGGCAAAGCCUUAAGGGGGAAGGCCCAGGGCCUGAGUGGGAGUACAGGCCACCCCCGGAGCAUAGCCCAGCAGCUGCCUGCAUGCCCUCUGUGCUGACUGAGCCCAUGGGCCCUGGGUUGCAAAAUCAGGGUGAGCGGUAUCUGCCCCCCAGGUGGCUGGUUUGGCAUGGCAGCCAGACAGGUGUUGCCUGCCCCACCCAUGGUGGGCCUGGCCCCCAGGGGCAGGCAGAGGCCAGAGCCUGAAGGUGAGGCUUCCAUCCCAGUGCCCCUCUGCUGCCUAGAGCUGGCCCCACCCCGCAAUGACACCGAGGUAGCCGAUGGCUCUGGGCCGUGAACAGUGGUUUACUGACCAGGUGGCUUCCCCGGCCUGGCUGCUCCCCACACGCAGGGUUCGGAGAGUGUAGGUCAGACAGGGCAGGAGGCAGUCCUUUGAGUCCCGGGAUACGGGGGAUGACAGAGGUGGGGCCCAUGCCCACUCACUGAAGGGCAGCUCUGCAGGGUUGGACCCGGCCCACAGCUAAGCACCCACGCCCUGGGCAGAGCUGGUGGGAAAGACACGGACGCAGCUGCCCCCCGC